AUGACGAGAAGGCUUUACUAUGACGAAAAUGGAAUAAAGAGAGGUGCGUGGAGUAAGAAAGAAGAUGAAAGGUUAAGAGCAUAUGUCGAGAGACAUGGCCAUAGUAAUUGGCGUCAACUCCCCAAACACGCUGUCUCUAAUGAAAGAAAUACAAGUUUGGAUGUGGAUCUUGAUGGAGUUUCAGCCGCAAUUACAUACAGAUGGUCUUUGAUUGCCAAAAGAUUUCCAGGGAGAAGUGACAACGGGAUCAAGAACCACUGGCAUAGCUACCUAAGGAGGAAAGUGGAGUGCACUCAUGAGGAAAAAUCCGAGUUCAAAACGAAGGCCAGCGAAAGCUCUCCACCCCUCUGGAAUUCAUCUGCAACCUUUUCCUUCGGAGGAUCAAGCGUUGCUAGCGCUGCAUCGGAAAUAAUUGAAGAAUUCGGUGAUACCUGGACCCCACCAUUUGUCCCAGAAAAUAUAUACGACCAGGAUAACUAUUAUAGUCUGAACUUUGCAGCAAAUGAAGCAGACUUGGAUGAAUAUUAUUCCUCGUUCCUCGUCAAUAAUGCUGAGUUUUUGUACCAAGUGAUGCAAGAAUUUCCAGAAGAUCCUAAAAAGGAUAUGAAUACGUUGAAGAAGAAAAGUUAUGGUCUACUUGACUAUGAAAACAUUGAUAUGGUGGACUUUUGGGUGGCUAAAGAAGAUCCUGCUCUAGAGUUUGAUGAUAGAGAUGGGGCUACACUUGAAAAUACCCUUAACAAUGAAGGCGCUGCAAAUUCAACAACUCUUGAGAGGAAUAACGAAGGUGAUGAAGACAUAGAUAUU